CGGAAUUUCUGUUACAAAUCAGUUUGUGAAAAAUUGUCAAGUGCAAUAGUCGACAGUUCAGUGAAGUAACGUUAGCAUUAUUUAAAUAACAACUGUCAUGGCAUUAUUAUCAUCAAUAAGAGGAGCAUUUCAAGACCGUCUUGACGUAUAUCUCUUAGAGGCAGUAGAGACAAAAGAUUUGACAAAAGUCCAUCAAAUUUUCAUGGGCCAAGUACCCGACAUUCCGCCAAUUGCAAUAAACCCUGCAAGACUUAUGUAUUUGGCUCUGGUAAACAAAAAGUUUGACUUAGCUGAAGAAAUAUAUAUGACUUUUGGGGCCUGUGCAAUAGAUGAUUAUGUGGAAUACAACGAUAAAAACAAGUAUGUGGGGUGGACUGUGUUGCAUUUUGCUGUGGAGAACAAGAACCGCAAGGCAGUCAAGUUCUUAUUAAAAAGAGGAGCCGAGGUUAACAGGAAAAAUAAAGAGGAAGAUCGACCAAUCAAUCUGGCUGUUGAUAACAAAGACAUUAAGAUGACUAGAUUGCUGUUAAGUUACGGAGCUGACAAGAGGCAUUGCCAGGAUUGGCUAGUUACACCAGACAAAAAAAGUGAUAUCAUCGAAUUUCCCGAAUCGAAUAUCGAAUGUUCCGAAGUGUAUACCGAUUUUUCCGAAUGGAAUAUCAUUAAUACCCCGAUUCAUCAUCUCAUCACGUAACCAAGAAUACGAAUUGAAGAAAUUAAAAAUAAGUUAUCAAAAAACUUUUUUUUAAACUUUUUUUAAAUUUUGAAUUUAUAUGUCAACGCUUUAAAACUUAAUUUAUAUAAAACAUUGUAACUAUAAUAUCGGAGAAAGCCGAGCAAAACGAGGUACUUAAGGAAAUUUAAAAUUUUCGAGGACUAAAAUACGCUAAAUCUUUUUUAUUUUAAUGAUUGUCAAAGUAAACAGAAAAAAAUUUUAGUUACCGUUAAAAAAAAAACAUUAUUUUCGCGGGCAAAAUGAGAUACCCUCUAAAAAGGUAAAAAAAAAAUUCUGAGUUUUAAAUGAAUUUAAUUAAAUUACAUUUGUUGUGAGUAAUUGACAUGAAGAAAAAUUAUAUUUUACAUAAUUAUUUGAUACAAAAAAAAAAAUUUUAAUGGUUUUUAUCAUGAAAAAAAAGACAUUUUUCGACUGACCCCGUUUUGCUCGGCCCUCCCCUUCAUAAAAAAAUAUUUUUUGUAAAUUAGUUAUAAGUAUUUUCAACUGAAUUAAAUAUACAAAAAAAAAUUGGUAAUUGUAACAAU